AUGGCCGGCGAUACCGCUCAGAAGCUCGCGGUUCUCAUUGAUGCUGACAACGCUAUGCCAUCUGCAGCGAGGCUUUUACUAGCUGAGGUGGCAAAAUACGGCACAGCUCAUGUAAAGCGGGCCUACGGCAAUUGGACCAACACCAACUUGAGUGGGUGGAAGGAAGAGCUCCUCACGCAUUCAAUCCAGCCGAUCCAGCAAUUUGCUUACACCCACGGGGAAAAUGCGACCGACUCAGCAAUGAUCAUAGACGGGAGUUGA